AUGGCCGGCGGCGCGGCAGAAGAGCGCCAGACGCGCUGGGUCCCUCUCUUGGAACCAAUUCUCGAGCAUGGACGCCAGGAAAUGGCCUCGCUGCCGAUCCCCGACGAGCUCAUGGUGGACAUCUUCCUCCGCCUCCCAACACCAAUCGACCUCGUCCGCGCCUCCGCCGCCUGCAUCUCCUUCCGACGGGUCGCGGUCGACCGCUCCUUCAUCCGACGGUACCGCAAGCUCCACGGCCCGCCCCUCCUCGGCUUCCUCGACCGACAAAAAGUCUUCUACCCCGCCAUGGCACCACACCCCUUGGCAUCGGCAGCCAACGCUGUUGCUUUGGCCGCCGACUUCUCCUUCUCCUUCCUCCCCGCCCCCGCCAGCGACUGGGUCGUCCAAGACGUCCGCGACGGCCGCGUUCUCCUUGACAGAACCCCCCAGUACGACACUGAUAGUACUAGACACCUUUUCGUCUUCCCGGAGCUGGUGGUUUGCGACCCUUUGCACCGACGGUACCUCCUGCUUCCCCCAAUCCCUCAUGACCUAGCCGCUUCCGUGGACGACCCACUCUGGACAGACCGGUUUCGUUACUGCGAGAUCUUCCUCGCUCCCCCUGGCGGUGACGACGAGCUAGAGGAGGCAUCUGCUGCUGAAGAGACGUCAUUCAGUGUGAUCUGGAUGGCGCAGUGUACAACUGAGCUGGUCGCCUCCAUCUUCUCGUCCACCACCGGACAAUGGCGAGCCAUAUCAUCCAUGAGCUGUAGCGAUUUGUUUUCUGGCUUGCUACCAUUGACAGGGUCACAUCACUUCUCCUGGCGACAAUAUUCCUAUGGUUGUUUCUAUUGGGUGACAGAUUGGAGGGAAAGAUUGUUGGUGCUUGACACGCAGACAAUGGAGUUUUCCAUUGCUGAGCCCCCACCCGAAGCCAGAGGUUUGCCCUGUGUGGAUAUAGCCAUUGUGGAGGCAGGAGAGGGCAUGCCCGGUAUGUUUGUUCUUUCAGAAGAUGCAGUUUACCUCGACUAUACUAUCAGGCGAAGCAAUUGUGGGAGUUCUAGCCAGUGGCAACAUGAGAAGACAUUCUCACUGGAUUCUAAGUGCUCAGUCAUGGGUGCAGUGGGGAGGCACUUGUUGCUAUAUCAAUUGCGAAACCCAUCUCUCGGUGCAGGCUGUUUCUUGCUGGACGUAAAGACACUGCAGCUUGAGAGGCUGUUAGUUUCGAACUCCUCCAGGCCCUAUGGGCACAUAUAUAGCAACUUCCCACCAUCAAUGUUGUCGACACCAGCAAUAUCAAGCGGUAAACUUUCUGUUGCUUCCUAG